AUGCGAGGAAUUGGUUUUCGAAGUGAGGCGCUGAGCUCUCACUUUGUCUGCCCGUCAUGCUGCACGCGGCUUUUUGGUGAUGGCUAUGUCCGCGGCUCUUCAGUGCACACUCUUCGCACUCGAUAUACCGCACAACAAUUGAAGAUGCUCUCUACACAAGCCUAUAGUCCGUGGAUAUUUAAGCCAAUUAAGACGAUAUGGAACUCGUUGAAACCCAAGCACACGGAACCUGCAGAGUCCCCUUUCCUCAUGCAAGCGUUGUCAUUUAAUCUCGACACCCAUAGACGGACCGAAGCCGAAUUGAAACGGGGUGACGGAAAACCGUAUAAAUCUCUCACUUCGGAGUUAAUGGAUACGUACUAUUCAACAGACGAUGGGAUUAUUGACUACCUUGAUCGGGAGACGCCCGAUAUCGCGGUUUAUGCUUUUUUGGGCCCAGAGCAAGUCCAGACCAUCACGUAUAACUUACCUGAACCUUCCUUUGCCGAAGCGCUCUCUCUCCUAACCCCGUCACAUUUUAUCGAGCCUCACAAAAGAUUACACCGGCGAUUUCAUCCUGCUGUAGCACAUGCCAAGGGAUACAAGACCCUUGAGGUAAUAUUCGACGAGUUCAAACGGGUGCUGCAUUUCGCUGUCGAGAGACGUCGGGAGGCUGGAUUUAUAUUGGGCAUUGCUGAAUAUACCCAUCUUUUGGACUGCGCGAGGUCAAUGGGAGAUGCCGACAUGGCAGACUGGCUGUGGUAUGAUAUGGCUGUGGAUGAGAUUGAACCAACUACUGCCUGUUAUAACCAUUACAUGGAGGCGAAAGGGUGGCAUCAUGCAUACGUGUCGAAGGAGAAAUAUAACUUAAGAUUUACCCCGUGGGUUUACAGGAAGCGAAGUUAUAUAAACAGGAAUACGGGUUAUCAAGGAUAUGGUACUGGCGCCGAAAACAGUGUGCGAAAGGAGGUGCUUCAACUGUAUGAUGAAAUGGUUGCAAGAGGCCAACAACCCGAUGAGGUUACUUAUAUCAGCAUUAUGACUGCUUCCAGCAGAGAGGGCCAUAUCGUGGCUGUAAAUAAUGUUCUGAAGACUGUGUGGAAUAUUGAUGUCGAGCAGAUAAUGGCUCAUGAGGAUCCGGCCAAUGUCCCGCCGGUUAAACAAUUCAGCCCCACAUCCCCUUUGCAUCCUACAUUUCGUCUCUUGUAUGCCGUCGCACACAUAUUCGGCUCGAACAACGACCUCUCCACAGCAAUGCAGCUGGUUGAUUUUAUUUCUACGUCUUACAAAAUCCCAAUUCCAGAUUCUGUUUGGUUGGAAUUGGUCGAAUGGUCCUUUGUCUUGUCCUCCGAGCGAUGGGGCCCCAGAGCAAAAGAGAACAGCGUUGGCAAAGUUCCAAAAGAAACCGUCAAGGCACUGUUCGAUACCAUGACCUCUAAUCCAUAUAACGUGAAGCCAACAAUCCCGCUAUAUGAUAUGCUCAUUACCACGUCCUGGACGCGAAGUAGGCUUGACUAUACCUUGAAAUAUAUGAGGGAAGGGUGUGCGUUAUUCCAAGAAACAUUGAAAAGACGAGAUACUGCGAAGCAAGCGUUUGUUGAACAUCUUUUGACACUCCUACCAGAGAAUAUCCAGUGGCAGGUCAAACUCAAGAAAACUUACCAGCGGCUACAAGGCAACCUCUGGAAAUCCAGUUUAGAAAUUCCAACAAACGCCUCUACGGCCACACAUCCUGAUUCAGCAGCUGCAAAUGGCUCUGUCCCAGAUGCCAAGGAACAGCUACAACAAAAGCGAGAAGCGAAAAAGUACAUUCACUACCUGCGUGAGGACCUAGAUGCACAGAUAACCGGUAAACCUCCUAGCUACAUUAAUGAGCGGUGGGCGCAGAGGCAAAUCAGGCGACUGGAGCUACGGGAACAGCAAGAAACAGCUGAGCCCGAUGAGCACAGCAUCCCCAUUAAUCUGUCGAUGAUAAAGAAGUACAGAACCAUGAAGGCAGCCUUUAACCUGGAGCAGUUGAACACUAGUCGAGAUGCAACAAUCAUAGAACGAUGGGUGCGAUUGCUGCUUGAUGGCCGACGCUGGGACCAGGACGUUGACCAUUGGCAGUUCCGGCUUAUUCCGCGUCUCCUGCAAGAGUGGGAACGGUUCUUACCACAGUACACAUACUAUAACAUCAGAACAGGGGUUGUGGAAUUCCAACCAGCAAGUUUCUGGCCCAACGGGAAACGGGAGCGCCCAGAGAAAGGUUUGUCUGAUCUGGACCUCCAACUGGGUGAUCCAGAGGAGAAUAAGUUUUUGAAAGCUAUUUUCACAGUUAUUGGUGAACAUCCAAAUGGGUGCAUGGCAGAUUCUCACAAUCCAGAAGGUUUAUUGCACAAAGUCGCCCCAGCCGUGGGCUGA